AUGUUGAUCAAGGUGCGAACAUUGACCGGCCAGGAGAUCGAGCUCGACAUCGAGAGCGACUACACGGUCAGCCAGAUCAAGGACAAGGUCGAGGAGAAGGUUGGCAUCCCUCCCGUACAGCAGCGAUUGAUUUACGGUGGCAAGCAAAUGACGGACGAUAAGACUGCGGGCGACUACAACCUUUCUGGCGGCGACACGUUGCAUUUGGUCCUCGCCCUCCGUGGUGGACGGUAA